UACGUCAAAUGAGAAACAACUAGCCUCAAGUACCUUUUUUACAUUAAAAUCCUUUAAAUAUAAUUCAAUUAUCAAUUUAAAAUGUCGGAAAAUGGGCACGACCAUGCGUAAAAAGACCCAAGUAUCAUUUGUUAUCAGAGACGAGGAGGAGAGGAGGCAUAAAAAUGGCGUUAGUUCAUUACAAUUGGAUCCAAUACAGGGCAGGUUGUAUUCAGCCGGCAGAGAUGGGAUUAUACGAGUUUGGCACACUGGUGGUGGUACACAGGACAGGUACAUCCAGAGUAUGGAACAUCACACAGAUUGGGUGAACGAUAUUGUCCUAUGUUGCGGCGGAAAAAACCUUAUAAGUGCAUCGUCCGAUACAACUGUGAAAGUAUGGAAUGCACCUAAAGGUUUCUGCAUGUCGACUUUACGCACCCAUAAAGAUUACGUGCGAACAUUGGCUUACGCUAAAGACAAGGAGCAAGUGGCUAGUGCUGGUUUAGACCGCGCGAUUUUCCUAUGGGACGUUAAUACUUUGACUGCUUUAACUGCUAGUAACAACACAGUAACGACUUCAAGCUUAGUUGGUAAUAAAGAAUCAAUAUACAGUCUGGCUAUGAAUCCACCUGGCACUAUUCUGGUCAGUGGUUCAACAGAGAAAGUCCUUAGAGUUUGGGAUCCUAGAAAUUGUUCGCGUCUUAUGAAAUUAAAAGGUCAUUCGGACAAUGUAAAAGCAUUAGUUGUUAGUAGGGAUGGUUCUCAAUGUGUCUCUGGGAGUUCUGAUGGUACCAUAAAGCUGUGGUUAUUAUCACAGCAGAGAUGUGUGUCAACAAUACGUGUACAUUCCGAAGCAGUUUGGGCACUUUUAGCCACUGAGAAUUUCACCCAUAUUAUUUCUGGAGGAAGAGACCGUCUAGUCAUUAUAACAGAGUUAAGGAAUCCAGACAAUUUUAUGAUAGUUUGUGAAGAGACUGCACCCAUUCUUAAAUUAUGUUUCACUGCCGAUCAGUCAGGUGUAUGGGUAGCUACAUCGGACUCCGAUAUUCGAUGUUGGAAGCUUCCAGCUCUUAAUUCAUUAAACUCCGAUACAUACAACCAAAAUAAUUACAACACAAAUAAUGUUUAUCAAACACAACCUCUACAUAAUAUUGCUGGUGGAAAAGCCAUUAAACAUUACACAGUACUAAAUGACAAGCGUCAUAUAUUAACAAAAGACACAACAAACAAUGUUGUCUUAUAUGACGUUUUAAAAGCAAGCAAAGUUGAAGAUUUAGGUGAAGUUGAUUAUGAGGAGGAAUUGAAAAAACAUUUCAAAAUGGUGUAUGUACCAAAUUGGUUUAAUGUAGAUUUAAAAACUGGGAUGUUGACAAUACAUUUAGGUCAAGACGAGACAGACUGUUUUAGUGCUUGGGUAAGUGCUAAAGAGGCUGGUUUGACGACAGAAAAUGAUCAAAAGGUUAACUUUGGGGCAUUGUUGUUACAAGCCUUGUUAGAACACUGGAAUCACCCAAAUAGGGUAAACGAAGCUGGCCAGAAGGUGAUAGGAAAUAAUUUCUUCAGUGUUCCCCUACACACGCCUCUUAUAUUUAGUGAAGUAGGGGGCAGAACUCUUUAUAGGCUACAGGUAGGUGAUGCGGGAGGGGAAACAGAAGGAAAUUUACUUCUUGAGACAGUGCCAUCAUGGGUGGUCGAUGUUGCCAUAGAAAUGGCAGCCCCUAAAUUAAACAAAUUGCCUUUUUACUUACUGCCACACUCCACUUGUCAGAGCAAACAGGACAGACAGAAAAAGGACCGCCUCGUUGCAAACGACUUCAUCCAAUGUCGGAAGGUAGCGGAGCACGUUGUUGAGAAAAUAGUAGGCGGUGGUGAUGUUAACGGAGCAAGUGCUGGUAAGAGCAGCGAAGACAGCACAAAUGACUCUCCAGAAGAGAGGGUGGAAUUAUUGUGCUGUGAUCAGGUAUUGGACCCCAACAUGGACCUCCGGACCGUCAGGCACUUCAUCUGGAAAUCGAAUGUUGAAUUUACAUUACAUUAUAGAGUUCUGAAACAAUGAAAUUCGGGUUUAUACAUUGUGAAGUUCAAUAAACAGUUGAAAAAGUGCUGUUCUAUUCAAAACAUUUUCAAGUGAAGUGUUAAGUGUUUCCAUAACAAGGAUAUAAGACUCAAAUGUAAACAGGAAGACAUUUAUAAUGACUAAUUAUAUAUAUGUCAAUACUAAAUUUAUUACAAACAAAUACAUGAAAACAAUACGAAAGUUAUAAAUGAUUGGUUACAACAAUGUUCAUACAAAAUGUGACAAAUAAUAUUCCUAAUACAAAAAUAUUGGUUAUUUGAUAAUUUUAUCUUUAUAAAAAUAAGAAUAAAUGAGUAUGAAUUAUAAUCGAUAUUUCAUAUGCUUUUAAAAUGUAAAAAAAUGUUACGAAACUUCUUAUCGACAUUCCUUGAUGAGUGUUGCCUCUUAGUAAAAGUGUAGAAAAUAAACCUUCAUAUAUUUCUGAUUUUUGUUAUCACUUGUGCCUAAACAAUUAUUAUUAACAGUACUAUAUUCUUGCCUAAAAUUAUAUGCGAACGCCAACAAUUUUAUAUAUGCGAAUAUUCUAAAAUAUGAUUGUAAAUUUAUAUAAGAACUGGCAACAUAGGUUUAGUUUUUGUUAGAAAUUUAAAAAGUUGUAAUUUAAUACAGAAUAUAAAGAUAGAUUUAGAAUUAUGAAAUAUGAAACGAAAUUUCUAAUAUUCAAAGACAUUUAUUCAGUAUUAGGCUCACAGAAAAGUCAGUAAAAGAUACUAAAUGGAAACGAUUAGUACACAAUCUUACGCCAUACAGAAUUAUAAUAAAGUAUAUUAUUUCACAGAUAACAUUGUUUCUUUGUGUCAUUCUGUAUAAUAUAGUUAAGGCCGAUCAGUGUUGUUCCUAAUAAUUUCAACGGCUAAUUUUAUCAAUUUAA